AUGGGCCUUAUAGCCAAAAUUACUCUUAUUGCUAUAAGUCUCUUACUUCCCCAUUGGAUCAACGUAUUCGCUGUUGAAUCUGUCGAAUCCUUUGAAUCUCUGGUUACUGAUUAUGAUUUUAUUCUAAUUAAAGCUAAAGUAGUUAAAGAUUUGUGCAAAGUGCUUCUUCUAUCUCUCUUUUUCUUUCAAAAUCAAAUGAUUAAGGAAAUGAAGCAAAAAGGCUAG